AUGAUCUCUUUGUCUCCAGAAGUUAUCCGUGCAGGCUCUCAACUAAAGAAACAGGAUAUUCAGAGUUCAUCUAUUCCCGUCAUUCUUGUUGAGAACAGUAGAAGAUGUCAUAAGAAUGAUAGCGAUGAAAAGAUUCUUUCUGGUGGAUUCCCAAUCUGUUCAAAACAAUCACAGAGAUCUCCUUUAAUGGCAACAAGUCGAUUCACGUUGUCCAAGGACCAAACACAAACGAAAGAGGAAAACAACUAA